AUGAAAUAUUUUCAGUAAGGCAUCAUGUGUGGGGCCAUCAUGACGGGGUCCUACGUUUCACACGGAAACCGACGCUAAUGACCGAUGUUUGUUUUGCUACAGUUAGCAGUAUGCCUGCUGAACGCAAGCGCUCAGUAAACAUGGAUGAGAAAGAUGUUUGCUCCUUCAGUAACAAGGAAAAAGAGAAGGACAGAGAUGGUGAGAGAAGACCAGCGUCUGCUCGGGAUAAAGCAAAAGAUGAGGCCAAAAUGAGUGGUAAGAAAGAAGGUGGCAAGGAGGAGAAAAGAAAGCGCCUAGAGGAGGAAAAGAAGAAGAAAGAGGAAAAGGAGCGAAGAAAGAAGGAGGAGGAAAAACAGAAAGCGGAGGAGGAACAGAAAAAGAAAGAGGAGGAGGAGAAGAGGCAGCAGGAGGAGCAGGAGAGGAAACUUCAAGAGGAGGAGGCUAAAAGACAACGUGAGGAGGAGGCAGCACUUCUGAAGGAAAAGGAGGAGGGGCAUCAGCUGCACCAGGAGGCCUGGGAGCGCCAUCAGUGCAGGAAGGAACUCCGCAGCAAGAACCAGAACGCCCAUGAGGGUCGACCUGAAGAGGCCUUCUUCAGCCGACUGGACUCCAGCCUUAAAAAGAACACUGCCUUUGUCAAGAAGCUGCGUACACUCACUGAACAGCAGCGGGAUUCACUCUCCAACGACUUUGCUUCACUGAACCUCAGCAAGUACAUCGGCGAGGCCGUGAGCUCCGUCGUGGAGGCCAAGUUGAAGAUCUCUGAUGUGGGCUGCGCUGUGCAUCUGUGCUCCCUCUUCCACCAGCGCUACGCUGAGUUCGCUCCGUUACUGUUACAGGCGUGGAAGAAGCACUUUGAAGCAAGGAAGGAGGACAAGGCGCCUAAUGUGAGCAAGCUGCGCACAGAUCUACGCUUCAUUGCCGAGCUCACCAUCGUCGGCCUCUUCACAGACAAGGAGGGUCUCUCGCUGAUUUAUGAGCAGCUGAAGAACAUUAUUAGCACCGACCGGGAGACGCACACUCAUGUGUCAGUGGUCAUCAGCUUCUGUAAGCACUGUGGGGACGACAUUGCUGGUCUGGUGCCCCGUAAGGUGAAACUGGCUGCUGACAAGUUUGGCUUGUCCUUCCCUCCGAGCGAGAUCAUCAGCACAGAGAAACAGCAGCCCUUCCAGAACCUUCUACGGGAGUACUUCACAUCACUCACCAAACACCUGAAGAAGGACCACCGGGAGCUGCAGAACAUUGAGAGGCAGAACAGGCGAAUUCUUCAUUCCAAAGGGGAGCUGAGUGAGGACAGGCACAAGCAGUAUGAAGAGUUUGCCACUUCCUACCAGAAGCUGCUGGCCAACACUCAGUCCCUGGCUGAUCUGCUGGAUGAAAACAUGCCAGAGCUGCCUCAGGACAAGACUGUGCAAGAGGAGCAUGGUCCUGGUAUUGAUAUUUUCACCCCUGGUAAGCCUGGAGAGUAUGACCUGGAAGGAGGGAUCUGGGAAGAUGAAGAUGCUCGUAACUUCUAUGAAAACUUGGUGGACCUGAAGGCCUUCGUCCCUGCCAUCCUCUUCAAGGACAACGAGAAGAGCGGCCAGGGGAAAGAUAAGGAUGACGCCAAAGAUGGGAAAGAAGGGAAGGACACGGCCAGCACCACAGAGGAGCUGGAGCUGGAGCUGGAGGCUCUGGAAAUCACAGAUGAACCUCUGGAACUGGAGGGAGCAGACGAGGCGGAAAACGAAGAACUGGCCAAAAAACUACUGGAUGAGCAAGAACAAGAGGACGAGGAGGCCAACACAGGGUCCCACUUGAAGCUAAUCGUGGACGCCUUCAUCCAGCAGCUCCCGAACUGUGUCAACAGAGACCUCAUAGACAAGGCUGCCAUGGACUUCUGCAUGAACAUGAACACCAAAUCUAACAGGAGGAAGCUUGUCCGUGCUCUCUUCACUGUCCCCAGGCAGAGGUUGGAUCUGCUGCCCUUCUACUCUCGCCUGGUGGCAACUCUUCAUCCCUGCAUGUCAGAUGUGGCUGAGGACCUCUGCUCCAUGUUGAAGGGAGACUUCAGGUUUCACAUUCGGAAGAAGGACCAGAUCAACAUCGAGACCAAAAAUAAAACGGUCAGAUUUAUCGGGGAACUGGCCAAGUUUAAGAUGUUCUCAAAAACAGACACGCUGCAUUGUCUCAAGAUGCUGCUGUCUGAUUUCACCCAUCACCACAUAGAGAUGGCCUGCACACUGCUGGAGACCUGUGGCCGCUUCCUGUUCAGAUCCCCCGACUCUCACCUGCGUACCAGCGUCCUGCUGGAGCAAAUGAUGCGUAAAAAGCAGGCGCAGCAUUUGGACGCUCGCUAUGUGACGAUGGUGGAGAACGCAUACUACUACUGCAACCCCCCGCCCAUGGAGAAGACGGUGAAGAAGAAGCGGCCGCCGCUGCAGGAGUACAUCCGCAAGCUGCUCUACAAGGACCUGUCCAAGGUCACCACCGAGAAGGUGCUGAGGCAGAUGCGCAAACUGCCGUGGCAGGAUCCCGAGGUCAAGAGCUACCUGAUCUGCUGCAUGGUCAAUAUCUGGAACGUGAAGUACAACAGCAUCCACUGCGUGGCCAACCUGCUGGCCGGCCUGGUGGCCUACCAGGAGGACGUGGGCAUCCAUGUGGUGGACGGAGUGCUGGAGGACAUCCGGCUGGGCAUGGAGGUCAACCAGCCCAAGUUCAACCAGCGGCGGAUCAGCAGCGCCAAGUUCCUGGGCGAGCUCUACAACUACCGCAUGGUGGAGUCGGCCGUCAUUUUCCGCACCCUCUUCUCCUUCAUCUCCUUCGGGGUCAAUCAGGACGGCAGCCCCAGCCCUCUGGACCCCCCAGAGCACCUGUUCCGCCUCCGCAUGGUCUGCACCUUGCUCGAUACGUGCGGCCAGUACUUCGACCGCGGCUCCAGCAAGAGAAAGCUGGACUGUUUCCUCAUCUACUUCCAGCGGUACAUCUGGUGGAAGAAGAGCAUUGAUGUUUGGACCAAGGACCACCCGUUCCCCAUCGACAUCGACUACAUGAUCAGCGACACCCUGGAGCUGCUCAGGCCCAAGAUGAGACUCAGCUGCUCCCUGGACGAGGCCACCAAACAGGUCGCCGACCUGGAGAGGGAGGUGCUCGUCAAGCUCGGUAUGGCCAUGGAGAAGGACGGCCGCUCCAGCGCCAUGAGCGAAGGGGACGGGCUUGACGAGGAAGACGACGACGAUGACGAAGAGGGAGGCGCUGACACUGAGGAGCAGUCGGGCAACGAGAGCGAAAUGAAUGAACAGGAAGAGGAUGAUGGGUCUGAGAACGAAGAAGAAGAGAGGGAGGAAGAGGAAGAAGAGAACACCGACUACCUGACCGACUCCAAUAAAGAAAACGAGACUGAUGAGGAGAACAAUGAGGUGACCAUCCGUGGCGGUGGACUGAAGCACGUGGCCUGCGCUGAGGAUGAGGACUUCAUUCAGGCUCUGGAUAAGAUGAUGCUGGAGAACCUGCAGCAGCGCAGCGGCGAGGCGGUGAAGGUGCACCAGCUGGACGUGGCCAUUCCUCUGCAGCUGAAGAGUCAGCUGAAGAAGGGGGGCUCCGGACAGACGUGCAUCGGGGAGGGAGACUCGGACAUCUCCGACACCAUGCAGUUCGUCAUGCUAACGCGCAAGGGCAACAAGCAGCAGUAUAAGAUCCUGAACGUGCCCCUGUCAUCACACCUGGCGGCAAACCACUUCAACCAGCAGCAGGCGGAGCAGGAGGAGCGCAUGAGGAUGAAGAAACUCACCCUGGACAUCAAUGAGCGACAGGAGCAGGAGGAUUACCAGGAGAUGAUGCAGUCCCUCGCCCAGCGCCCGGCUCCGGCCAACACCAACCGGGAGCGUCGGCCGCGUUACCAGCACCCGAAAGGUGCUCCCAACGCCGACCUCAUCUUCAAGACCGGAGGAAGGAGACGCUGAUCGGAGUCUGGGCCCGGGCUGAGCGAACGAGCGAGCAAGAGAGCAAAUGAACAAGCAAGAGAGAGAGAGAGAGAGAGAGAGAGAGAGAAAGAGAAAGAGAAGAUCGGAGAGGAAACCGGUCCACAACGGGGAACGAGUCCUCCAGACACCCACUGAUGAUGCCGGGACCAGACCACACACACACACCCCCCCCUGACCUGAAAACACACUCUUACCCCGCUGAGGGGCCCGAAGCCUGAGGAGGAGAGACAACAACCGGGAGCCUAGGGGAGGGAGGGGGGGGUCAGAGGUCAAAGGUCAGACAGAUGGCUCUCUUUUCUUUUUUGUCUGUUGCCUGAGAUGACAAAAAAAACACACACACAACUGUCUGGACCAACUACAAAGAUGACUGAACACCUGACCGGCCGACUGAUGGCGAGACGGACAGGAAGGGCGGGGGGGAUGAACGGAUCGCCCCCCGCCGUCGCACCAGCUGGAGGAAAAAGCGACUCAUAUUUAGGAGUUAAAAACCUGCGAGUGGGUAAAAAAAAAUUUACACAAGACUAGCAAAAGAUACAGAUUUUUUUUUGUCAUUAGUUUUUUGUUUUUUUAUUUUGGACUCGGGAACACGUCUGCUCGGUCUGAAGCAGCGCUGUGACGGAGACGAAGGACGGGAGUGCGAGGAUUUAACACUGGUGGUGUGUUCACAGACUGUUCGCCCAGUGACGCAGAGGAAGACGAUGAUGUUUUAUACACGGACAAAUUAUGAGGUUGAAAAGGUGGAAAAGUGACUGAUGGUUUGGUCCUCUUGUUCUAGAUUCAGAGUGGUGCAUCACCACUUAUUAUCGUCAAUAUCGAUCAAUCUGCAGGUUAUUUUCUUAAUGAAUCGUCAGAAAACACUGAAAAAUGGCCGUUAUAAUGUCCCCACAUCUUAAGCAGAUGUUUUAAAAUGUAUUAAAACUUCUUAUUUGAUUCAACCAACUGUCAAAAAAACCCAAAUAUUAUAAUAAUAUAAAAUAAUAAUAUUUUACUGACAAAUAAAGCAAAGAAAAGCAGCAAAUCUUCACAUUUGAGAAGCUGGAACCAGUGCAUUGUGGGAGUUUUUGCUUGAAAAAUUGCUAAAAAGAUUAAUCAGUUAUCAAAACAGCAGCAGAUUAUGUGAUUGUAUAUUUUAUCUAUAAUCAGUCCCAAAUUAUAAAAUUCUAUCUAGGAAAAGUAAUUAAUUUUCUGUCAGUGAACUAAUUGAUUAAUCAACUAAUCAUUGCACCUCAUUGCGCCUGUCACUGCCUUUAUGACACUUGUAAACUGUAAACGUUCUACUGUCAUAAACACCUCACCAGCACUUAACGAUGUGGUAACACUAUAUUUAAUUGGUCUGUUGUUAUCUGUUUCUACUGUUUAAUUUUUCACUAAUUAGAGGGAAAAUAAACUGAUCUGAGGCAGUUAGUUAAGUUUAGAUGUUAAUCAGAGCUGAAUCGAUUGACGGAUAAAUACUCAGAUAAUAGAUUAAUCAUUUGUCUUUUUUUUGGGGGGGGGAGGGUUGCGAUUAUUUUAAUUAUCAAUUAAUCUGCAGUUUAUUUCCUCAGUUAAUCGAUGAAUUGUUUGGGGUUUAAAACACCAGACUGCAGAGAUAGAAGUCGGAGCUCGAGGUGCUGAAACUAAAACAACAUUUGUUCUUGAAAAGUUUCUGUUUCCAGUCUUUGUGCUAAGCUAAGCUAAGCUAAGCUAACUGGCUGCUGGUCUUAGCUUUACAUUUACCUGCAGACAUGACAGUGGUGUCGGUCUUCUCAUCACUUAGCUACAAAUGGAGCAGGGAAACAUGAGCGAUAAAAAACUGUUUACUACUUUAAAACAAAACAAAAAAAAAAAAAAAACUCUGAAUCUGAAUCAACCAGAACCAGAGUCUGACUCCAUCAGACGCUUUCCCAUCUCGGCCUCGUUCACACUCCUUGAAGAUCUGGAAACCUGACGGCGUCAUGUGACCUGCUCACACUGAUGGACACCUGAGUGUACAUAAUCGUCACUUUUUCCAACUUCUGUCUCAUUAGAUGUUUUUUUUUCUUCUUCUUGUUUGUUUUUUUUCUCCAGAAUCAGGAGCAUCUAAGAGUUAGUUUUGACAAUAUUCAGCUUGCUUUGAUUUGGAUUUGUGUAGUGUAACGUGUUUUUUUUUUUUUUUGGACAAAUGGAUAACCGUGUGCCUGAGAGUCUUCCUUAGUGACGACAGUGACUAUAUUUUAGAUUCAUUUUAUCUGUGGAGCCUGUAGAUGGAUAAAUGUGCUCUGUAUUCUGCUGCAUGGGCCUUUUUCUGCACCAGCUCUGUGUCUUCUGUAGUAAAAGCGUCCGACAGUGGCUCUAAUCUAGUUUGUCUGUGUCUAGAUUCAAAAAAAAAAACUAUCGUUGUUUUUUCCUGCAAGCAAAAGAAAACAGUAGCAGCUUCCAGCUUUUGUGUUUUCGGCUCAUGGCGGACAGAAAUUAUCACAAUAAAAUAUCUGAAGACGA